GUAGUAUUGUCCACUUCGUCAAAGCUCCCAUCCCACUAUUUAUUCACUCUCUCUCUUCUCUCUCUCUUUGCUUCCUUCUUAAUUGAAUUUCUCACAAACAGCUUUUGCAUCAUCUUAACGCAAAUCAUGACUAGUUCCUCCGCUGCCGCUCGCAAGAAUCUGAGUAAGAUUGCCUGCAAUAGGCUUCAGAAAGAGCUUGUCGAGUGGCAGGUCAAUCCCCCAACUGGUUUCAAGCACAAAGUCACCGACAAUCUUCAAAGGUGGGUUAUUGAAGUCUCUGGAGCUCCUGGCACACUUUACGCUAAUGAGACCUACCAGCUUCAGGUUGAUUUUCCAGAGAAUUACCCCAUGGAAGCUCCACAGGUCAUAUUUUUGCAUCCUGCUCCACUGCAUCCUCAUAUUUACAGCAACGGCCAUAUUUGUUUAGAUAUAUUGUAUGAUUCAUGGUCCCCAGCUAUGACAGUUAGUUCCAUCUGCAUCAGCAUUCUCUCAAUGCUUUCAAGCUCAACUGUAAAGCAACGCCCGGAAGAUAAUGAUCGCUAUGUAAAGAACUGCAGAAACGGGAGAUCGCCGAGGAGACAAGGUGGUGGUUCCAUGAUGAUAAAGUAUAGUAACUAGUUUUAUUUGCAAUAAGUCCACAAAGGUUAGGGUAGAGGAUUAUGCUUUUGAAAGAGUAAGAGGACGAUUGAGGGGAAGGAGUAUUUUGAGAAAGCAGGGUCCCUUCCUUCAAAUUAAAUGCAUAAUAACUCUCUCCUGUAAAUUGGCAUUACCUGUAACUUCUUCAAUGAGCAAACAAAACUCAUUAACAGUGUGGUUCUCAGAGGUAUUCGGAUGUGGAUAUAGAUUAUCUGAUUACCCCGAACUUUAGUGCUUUUCGUUCUUAAGCAAUACAAAUCCUAUAUAUCCCUCAA